CGAGUCUCGCCUCGCUUCCUGCUACGCCCGGUACGAGAAGAAAUCGGUACUCAGGAAAACACGUUUCGGACGUUACCUACACGUAUCGGUUUGUCGAACAGAAUUUUAGAAAAAUAGAUUCACCACGUAGACAAUGGAACAGUGAUGUAUAAAAUUCUUACAACAUUUGUUUAUACUUGAUUGAAAAACGAAGUUUCUGUAAUGGGCGCUUGAUCACAGUACACAUGCCCAACGUCUUGCGAAACUUAAAGAAGAAGAAGAAAUAUAAUUAGUAAUCUGUUUUUGGUGUACGUUUGAAAAAUGUCUUCACAAUUAAGCACAAAAGAAAAGCUGUUGUAUAUAAUAGACGACAUGGAGCUCAUUGCCAAGGAAAUCAUAGAAAACGCCAUCGCGCCCAAAAGUAAUAAACUCUCAGGACCAGAAUACGCCCAACUGACUGAGCUGCUUGUAGCAAAAGAUAACGAGCUUAAAGAAACUCUCAAACUGGCCAAGGAACAAGGUCAGAUUAACAAAAAAAUGGACAUACUCAAGGCGGAAGUAGAGAGGCAGGAUCAGGACAUCAACCACUUGCAAAAGCAGCUAAAAGAGGCCGAGCAGAUUCUGUCGACGGCUAUUUAUCAAGCCAACCAAAAACUCCAAAGCAUAUCGAGGGCGAAAAAGCGCCCCGUGUCGUCUGAGGAGUUGAUUAAGUUUGCCCAUAGAAUAAGCGCUUCUAACGCAAUUUGCGCUCCACUAACCUGGCAACAGGGCGACCCGCGACGGCCCUAUCCCACAGAUAUUGAGAUGAGAUUGGGGUUGUUAGGGAGGUUAAGCGAUCCUAUCAAUGGGCAUAUGUUGCAACAGCAAACCUCCAUGACUGAUCUGCACAGAGGCGCUCACCCAGGUGAAAUACCGGCCGCUCAGCAAAAUCAAUUUGCAUGGCACCCGUCUGGCGAAAUGCAUAUCAGUGUGGGCCAAGGUACUGUUCCUAUGGAUACAAGAAACCACAAGCAAGAAAACGAAGACGUUGAGGUUAUGUCGACCGAUUCCAGCAGCAGCUCGUCCAGUGAUUCGCAAUAGCAUUGCGGGAGGGGUUACAAAUACGUGUGUUUUUAAAUGUGCAGUUUUUUUUUAUAUUGAGCAUGCGUUAAGCCUCUUGAUAAUUUUGUUGUAUU